AUGAAUGCUGUUCUUAUCUGCAAAAAAUAUCGAUUUAUACUUGACAGAUUUCGAUAUAACCCAAUUUCAAUUCAGUCCAAAAAACUCUUUCCAUACAUAGAUACACUCCACUUGUAUCUUAAUUGUGAUGUUGAAUUCCAAGAUGUCAAGCAAAUAGUUGUUUGGUAUCCGGUGUGUUAUUCUGAGAUGAAACAAUAUACACAAUACCAUACUUACACGUACAAGAAUCUAGUUUUAGACUCUAUUGCAUCAGACGAUCUAUUACCUGAAGUAUUGAAAGAUACAAGAAUCAAAACACUUGGUGAAAUGUUUGCAUCGGACAUUUAUCUUGAAGAAUUUGAAGUACCUACACAUAUUACAGAGUUGGAUUCCUAUGCUUUCCAAAAUUGUUAUUUUCUCAAGAGUGUCACUUUAUGUGAAGGUCUUUGUGUCAUUCCAAAUUGUUGUUUUUCGAAAUGCAAACAACUCACUUCAAUUGUAUUUCCUACAUCAGUCAUUCAUAUUGAAUCAUUUGCUUUUGAGUCGUGUGGGUUUGUAAACAUCACCAUACCAGUCACAAUACGUUAUAUUGGGGACCGUGUUUUUAAAAGUUGCAAAAAAUUGAAGGGAGUUGUGAUUUCUCAAAAUGUGCAAACAAUUGAGUCUUCUACAUUCGAUGGAUGUGAAAGUAUGACUCGAGUUGUUCUUCCAUUUAAUUUGAAAACUAUUAAAGCUUAUGCAUUUUAUAAUUGUAAAAGCCUUGUUACUUUAAAUAUACCAAAAAGCGUGUGUUUUGUUGCUAGCAAUGCUUUUGGGUGGUGUGAGAGUCUUAAAGAACUGACUUUCAGUGAUCAGUGUUAUAUUGGAGUUGAUGUAUUUACUAAUUGUGUUUCUUUAACCAAACUAAUAAUACCGACAUUGAAUGGCAAAUUAAGAAAUGUUGUAUCAAAGGAAGAAGAAAACAUUAUUAAAAAGUUUUAUAACCAAUACACUUUGCAACAGGUGUGUAAUAAUAUGCAUGACGAAAAUGAAGAUUCAAUUCAAAAUUCACUACUACAAAAUGUGAUCCACUUAAAUUACACAGACGAUUUCAUUGCUAAAUUAUCUGAAAUUGAAAAAUUGAAAUAUCAAGUCGAAUUGACUGGAGAGGCUUGUAACAACACAAACAAAGUAACAUCUCUUAGACUUCCUUCAAAUGUCACUAAAAUUUGUGGGCACUUUUUUAUGUCUUGUGAUAUUAAAAAUAUCGAUUUGGGGAACCUCCGUGAAAUGGGAAAUCGCGUUUUUGGUUCAGAAUUACAACACGUGACAAUUCCAACCACUUUAACACAAAUUGGGUUUGAUAUUUUUAUCCAGUGCACCAAAUUAAAAAGUGUUGAAUUAUGUGGGCGAACUUCAUUCCCGGGAUAUGUCGAUUUGUUGGAAAAAGCAAAACUCAAUCAACUUAACAUCAAGUGCUCAAAUUUGGUUGUUACUUUCGACCAAAUUGAUAUGUUUAAAUAUGUUGAGGAUGUCAACAUAUGUGUAUCACAUUUGUUUUAUGAGUCAUACAUUUCACAAAUUGUUCUUCCUGACAAUGUGUGUUGUAUUGGUAUCAGUUGUUUUGAUAAUCAAGGUCUUUUGAGUGGAAUUGUGUUACCCUCAAAGUUGACACAAAUUGGGGAAGAUGCAUUUCAAAAUUGUCUUUCACUCAAAGCCAUCGAAUUACCAGAAAAUUUAAAAAUGAUUGGUCGAUCAGCAUUUCGAAAAUGUGGUUUGACAGAAAUAGUGAUACCAAAGAAUGUGAGUUGUGUUGGUGAUACCAUCUUUGAUGACUGUUUCGAGCUCAAAAACUAUUUAAAAAUUGCUACAGAAAAUGGCAAAAGAAUUGGAGAAGUGCCGGAUGGUGUCAAAGAAAUCGCAGCAAAUUGUUUUAGAAAGUAUACCGGUGUUGACAUGAUCAAGAUACCAAAAAGUGUGUUAAAAAUCAACAACUUCAGUUUUAGCGAUUCUAUCCCAAGAGAAUGUGUGCUGUUUGAAACAUCAGAGUAUGUAGAAAUCGCUGAUUUGGCCUUUAAAUCAAAAGCUUAA